AUUUGUUAAGUAAACAGUAACACUUCGCCUUAAUCGAUUUUGAUUAAACAUUUAACUGGAUUCCUUGAAAGUAUCUCUAGUUCUCUACGUCAGAAAUUGUUAUUUGCUCUAUAUCGGUUGGAACUAGUGUUACCUAUUAUACUGCUCGUUCACGUCGGUAGUCGCAGACAGAUAGUCACGGAUGUCGCAUUUGAGUCGUUAAAUUACAUGUUCGUGUCAGGCAAUGUAAAAGAAGGAAAUGUAGAAGGAAAUAGAAACAAAUCAUCUAUUGUUCGAUUUACAAUAUUGGUGGAUCAGUUUCGAAUGUUGUCUCUUGUCGGAGUACUCUUAUAUAUUGUUUCCGAUUCGUUUUGUUUGAUCAAGAAAAGAAUUUAAUUUCGAUCCGAUAGGAUUCAUCAUUAAGAUUCUUAAUGUGUCGUGAGAAUAUUGCAAAAAGCUUGGCGAGAGAAAGGUCAAGGAGUUCGGACCACUUUUGGUGCACCAUCGGAGCUCGAUUUCCAGAGGGACGAUAUUCUGCGUCUGACAUCUUUUUAACGAUGCCUACGCGCUCUUUUUCCAUCGUAAUAAACCAUCACGUGCUAGGAGCCUGGCUUCCAAUUUAUUCGAGUGGCCAACCCUUCUAUGGCAAAGACGCUCGACGUUUUCACCGCGAAUGAACGGAGCGAACCACGUUUCGAGAAGUUUUCCUCCUUCUAACGUGCAGAAUUCUGUUCCAUCCGUUUCCUCCAACUAUUUUAUGAAUAUUUCCAAUUCGAUCGACCUGGAAUCAAUUUUAUCAUCAUGAAAAAUUUCACCCUUUUCUUAUUGUUCGACCUUUUACGAAUUCGACCAACUUGCAAAUAAUGUAUUCUUCAACAACGUGUCUAUACUUUAGAACUUAUCGUUUUACCAAGAAAGUUUACCUUUCUCGCAUAGAUAAUAUACAUAUUACAUAAACUAUUCAUUCGAAAAUUAUUGAUGCGAUAGUAAAUUAUGAAGUAUCAUUGCUACGACAUCAAUUUCUGGAAAAUUUAUCAUCAUAUCCGAGGAUAUCCGUUUUUAGACAUUGAUUUCUUGUUGUCUUACUUCUAUCUUAGAAGUAUUUUCUUCGAAUCUCAUAUCUAAUUGAACAACAACAAAUAUUGCAUGUUCAACGGUCAAAAGAAUAUAAAAAGAUACUCAAGAAGAAAGUCAUGCAAUUAUCAUCGUUGGUUGAAAUCAACUGGAAAACGGCGAACAGCAAAGAUCUACAACUUGAACGAAGCAAUUUCGAUAUUGUGACGUGUCUAUUUCGAUCGUUUUUUGGUUCCGGAAAUUGUCUCUCGAAUUUUAUAUAGAUCCAUCUAUCUCUCCUGUUCGUUUUUUUUCGAGGAUCCGCGAAGAAGAUUUUACGCAAAGACGCGCGUUUGCGCAGGAGUCGAAGAAUCCUCGCUCUCUGGAUCCUCGAUAUAUCCGAGGUGGUAAGCGAAACUCGGGAUUGCUCGGUCGUGGCUCAUUCAACGUGCACCGGUUGGACUCUUCGAUUUCUUCCAUAGUUGUAGCAACAGGUAGGGCGCGUGGGAUACCACGAAAUUUCGUCAAAGUCAUCUCGUUUGUUGUGAGAAAAAGUGAAAUUUAAACCAACUUUUCGUACGGUAAUUGGGCUAAUUUUUAAGUUUAUAAAUUUCUAACGAAGCUAUAGUGCCUGUGCGGGGGAAAACAAAUACGAUUAUGGAUUUAUUAACUUUCUCGAAUUAAUUAUUUUUGUUCAUCGUGUUGCGUUCGACAACUAAUAUAGGUAAUAUACGAACGGAAAAAAAAAUAUUAAUAGAAUAUAGAAAUUUGUGAUUUGAUGUUAUUAAGAUUAAUUGAGAAAGGUAUCGAGGGAGAUAGAAAGUAGAAGAGACCUGUGAUAAUUGUGAAAAAUAAAUCAUCGCGUUUAAGGUUUUUUCGAGAAUAGAACGGAUCAUCAUGGAUAUUCAAGAGUUUCGUAUGCGUGGUAAGGAGAUGGUGGAAUAUAUAUGCGAGUUCAUGAGCAAUAUUCACAAUCGGAGAGUAACACCGGACGUUGGUCCCGGAUAUUUGAGACCCCUCCUACCAUCGGAAGCACCGCAACAACCUGAGCCUUGGGAGGACAUUAUGAGGGACGUCGAAUCGAAGAUUAUGCCUGGUAUUACUCAUUGGCAACAUCCGAGAUUUCACGCGUAUUUCCCAGCCGGAAAUUCCUUUCCAUCGAUUCUUGGUGAUAUGUUAUCGGACGCAAUAGGUUGUAUAGGAUUUUCAUGGGCUGCCAGUCCAGCCUGCACCGAGCUCGAGACGAUAGUCUGCGAUUGGUUCGGGAAAGCUAUUGGUCUACCGACGGAUUUCCUUUAUUUCAGUCCUGGUAGCAAAGGAGGUGGCGUGAUACAAGGAUCAGCUUCAGAGUGUAUUUUAGUAUGUAUGCUAGCAGCGAGGGCGCAAGCAAUUGCAAGGUUGAAAGAAUCGACUGCACAUGCACACUUGGACGAAACUGCUCUUCUUGGAAAGUUGAUGGCUUACUGCAGUCGUGAAAGUCACAGCUCCGUCGAAAAGGAUGCAAUGAUUUGUUUCGUGAAACUGAGAAUUUUAGAACCUGACGAUAAAAGUGUUUUACGUGGUGAAACUUUGCGUCAGGCAAUCGAAGCUGACACAGCCGAAGGAUACAUCCCCUUCUUCGUUUCCACCACUUUAGGCACGACUGCUUGUUGCUCCUUCGACAAUCUCAAAGAAAUCGGUCCAGUUUGUAAAAAAUAUCCAGGCGUGUGGUUGCACGUCGAUGCAGCUUACGCGGGUAAUUCUUUCAUUUGUCCGGAAUUGAAGUACCUGAUGGCUGGUAUCGAGUACGCGGAUUCUUUCAACACCAAUACGAAUAAAUUUCUAUUGACGAACUUCGAUUGUUCCUGUCUAUGGGUCCGGGAUAGAUUCAAAUUGACCAGCGCGCUGGUCGUCGAUCCUCUUUAUCUCCAGCACACUCACGCGGAUACAGCUAUCGAUUACAGGCAUUGGAGCAUACCCCUUAGCCGACGAUUUCGUUCCUUGAAACUGUGGUUCGUGAUGAGAAGUUACGGGAUAUCCGGUUUACAGGCCUACAUUCGAAAUCACGUGCAACUAGCUAAAAGAUUCGAGGCUUUGGUUAGGAAGGAUACGAGAUUCGAACUUUGUAACGAAGUUGUGUUGGGAUUGGUCUGUUUCCGCGCGAAAGGUUCCGACAAACUGAAUCAGAAACUGCUUAGCACCAUCAAUGAUUCUGGAAAGUUGCACAUGGUCCCAGCAAGAGUGAAUCAACGGUUCACGAUUCGUUUCGCGCUCGCCGCGCCGAAUGCCACUGCUUCUGACGUUGACACGGCGUGGAGUAUUAUAACGGAUUAUCUGGCCGAAUUAUUAGAGUCCAAGGAUGUUAUGGACGAAUUGGCAGAUAUUCGCGAGAAGAAAAGGAAAGCCACUUUGGAGCAAAGAAGAUCGUUCUUCGUUCGAAUGGUGUCUGAUCCUGCGAUUCAACCGGGAUUCACGAAGACACCGAACAGGACAGGGGCGAAAUUGGAUACCCAAGCGACGAUCGGUGGUAUUGGCUCGAAUCCUCAUUCCACAACCAUGUUUGAUGCCAGACGUUCGUGGAUAUCCUGGCCGCUCGCGUAUUUGAUGCAGGCGAAAGAUGCUGCUGAUACCAGUGAAUUAUCACUUAGAUUUCGUCAUCUGGACACUAUGGUUCGCUUGAAAGCGAGCGGUACCGGAAGUCGUCGCGGUAGCAGCAACGGGUGCAGCCCGGAUCCAUCGCCAUCCGCCUCGCCGUCCCGCGGAAGAUCACCAAACGGAAGGGCGUAAAAUAUCUCGCGUUUAUCCCAAUUGUCUUUUUCUAAACUUUUCCCCAAAAGGUGUAUCUGUAGAAAACGAAGAAUUAAAACGAUGAACGGACACCGUCGACAAAAUCGACAAAAAAAAAGGAAUUUAAAAAUGACGAAACGAAGAAUGGUAGACGAUACAUCUAAAAAUUCUCUUAAAAUUGCUCAGCGAACGGAGGAAGACACACUCGAAAUCGAUCGACGACCCGAUUAGAUUGUAAUCCCAUUGCCACCUUUUUGUUUUGUUUCAGUCACUUUUUCGGAAUUGUGCGCAAGUAGUUGCAAGAUUCGCAUUCUCGACUGAAAGAAGCGCUCGAUAAAUAUAAGUACAUCUUCUUUACUUGCUUAUCGAUCUGUUUAUAUAAGUCUGCUCUCUUUGGAUCGCGACAGAGACGCGUUACCACCAUGCGGAACACGCUACAUAUGUAACAUAUUAUUCUAUUAAAAUGUACUUACAUAUAUGAUAUAUAAAGCGUGCAUACAUCGACAUAGUAAAAAAAAAAAGAAAAAAAAAAAAAAGAAAAAAGAAAAAAAAAAUUUCAGAAGUAAAAUAAUCAACGUCCCAAUUAUUCACCAUCAUCUCGAAAUGCAAUCGUUUUCUGUCGUUUACGGAGAUAUAAUCCGUAAAUUGGGCCGAGUAGGGGAAGGAGUUAGAAUAAAAAAUAUGAGACGGAAACUCGUGCCUCGGGAAUAUCGAAAAAAAGUCAUAAAGUGCUGUUCGUUAUUCGAUCGAAAAGGUUGGGGUCACUGAGGGUGAGCCGAUGCACCUGGACCGCCCAGUUUGCUUGAAUAUCGUUUUUUUUCUUUCUCUCUCUUUCUCUUCCUCCGGCUAAAUAUGACAUUUAUUCAAUUUCGUUUCGAUUCCGUUUUGGUAAAGCUCGUUUGCGCAAACGACGAUGUCUCGUUCCGGAAGCAGAAGCGUUGAAUACACGAUUCUAAUCGAAUAUGUGAUCGGCCAUUCCCUCUCAAAAAAAAAAAAAAAAGAAAAAGAAAAAAUACAACGUCAAGCAGAAAUGCGUGAGAAGAGAAGGGCAAAUAAUCGAUAAUGUCGAUCAUUGCCAGAAUAUUGGUAAUUAAAAUAUACUUGGUAAAUUUCAUUUUCCCUUGCAUACAAUGUUGCAAAUUAAUAGAGAAAUUUCCAAGAUGAAUAUUGAUCGAAUAUUGGGAGAUAAAGUGUGAUUAAUGAAUAUCAUAAAUAUCAAAAAUUUCUUUUUUUAAUGAUAAAGAGAAAAAAAACUUCGACUUUUAAGAAUUUCGAGAAGAAAAAUUUCGAAUAAAUAAUUUCAUCUUUUAUUGAUUCGAUUGUUGAUCAGAAAUAAUCCAUAAUUUUCUAAUCGUUUCGUACACAACGUCUUUCGUAUCGAUAACUCGUCUCGAGUUUAUGUGAGACAAGGAGGAAAUGCGCAAUGCUCGGCGGAAAAAAGGAGAUUGUUGGUGGAAUUAAUUAAUUCGUAGUGGAUGGCAAUCGUUUCGACACCCUCGAUCGAGAAAUCCAAUUCGAAAACGUCGGACGUGAGCAGAUCAUGCGUGAAGGUGGCGGCAAAAGAGAAAAUGGUGUUCGCCAUGUGUCUGCAUGUGUGUGUGUGUUACAAAGAUUGAGCGGUGACCUGUCACUGUUUCUAUGGGAUAUUGUAAAUGUAGGUGAAGAGUAAACGUCUAUUUAUAAACGGGGGAGGGGGUGAGUUUACUCCCCGUGCAUCAUCGACAACAUGCUGGCUUAUUCAAGCAGCGACCCCCUCGAUAUAUCAUCAUUGAUGUCGACCACCCUUCUUGCGAAUUUUCGUUCAGAUUUUCGGAAUCGAUCUCGCAAUGAUCCUUUGCCGGAAUGAGAAUUGAUAUUUUUAUUUUCAAAGUAAUUUUCAUGAAGUGAUCGAUAUAUGAAAGAUUUUUUUUUUAUUUAACGAGAUAUUAAAGUAUUAUAUUAAGAUAAUGUAUAAUAAAAAAAAUAAUAAUAAAGAAAUAAUUAGUAAUAGUAUCUUUUCGUCUAAAAAUUGAUUUAAAAAUUCAAAUAUGUUAUUUUUGAAUUUUGAAGCAAAAGAUUUGCAAAAAAUUUAAAAGAUUUAAGUUUAAGAAGUAAUUUA